CGAGUCAUUUUCCAUCCUGUGUUCAGUGUUAUGGUCUCUGCUUCAGAGGAUGCUACAAUUAAGGUGUGGGAUUAUGAGACUGGAGAUUUUGAACGAACUCUUAAAGGACAUACAGACUCUGUACAGGACAUUUCAUUUGACCACAGCGGCAAGCUUCUGGCUUCCUGUUCUGCAGAUAUGACCAUUAAACUAUGGGAUUUUCAGGGCUUUGAAUGCAUCAGAACCAUGCACGGCCAUGACCACAAUGUUUCUUCAGUAGCCAUCAUGCCCAAUGGAGAUCAUAUAGUGUCUGCCUCAAGGGAUAAAACUAUAAAAACUAUAAAAAUGUGGGAAGUGCAAACUGGCUACUGUAUGAAGACAUUCACAGGACACAGAGAAUGGGUACGUAUGGUACGACCAAAUCAAGAUGGCACUCUGAUAGCCAGCUGUUCCAAUGACCAGACUGUCCGUGUAUGGGUCGUAGCAACAAAGGAAUGCAAGGCUGAGCUCCGAGAACAUGAGCAUGUGGUAGAAUGUAUUUCCUGGGCUCCAGAAAGCUCAUACUCUUCUAUCUCUGAAGCAACAGGAUCUGAGACUAAAAAAAGCGGUAAACCUGGGCCAUUCUUGCUGUCUGGAUCCAGAGACAAGACUAUUAAGAUGUGGGAUGUCAGUACUGGCAUGUGCCUUAUGACCCUCGUGGGUCAUGAUAACUGGGUACGUGGAGUUCUGUUCCAUUCUGGGGGGGAGUUUAUUUUGAGUUGUGCUGAUGACAAGACCCUACGUGUAUGGGAUUACAAGAAUAAGCGAUGCAUGAAGACCCUCAAGGCGCAUGAACACUUUGUUACCUCCUUGGAUUUCCACAAGACGGCACCCUAUGUGGUCACUGGCAGCGUAGAUCAAACAGUAAAAGUGUGGGAGUGCCAUUGAUUACGUCUCCUUUGGCCCCUCCUCCCUCUUUUCCUCUGGAUGCACUCUGAUGAUACCAUGGUUACCCCAUUGAGCUCUGUUUAAAUAAAUAUUGUCCUUUCAUGUAAA